CAGUUUGCAAUAUGGGGCGGACUGUUCAGCGCGGUCGACUGUAUGCUGGUAAAACUGAGAAAGAAGGAAGAUCCAUGGAAUUCAAUCAUAAGCGGUGCAACUACCGGUGGCUUGUUAACCAUAAGAAACGGUCCUGCAACGAUAGUUGGCUCAGCGAUAAUGGGAGGGGUGCUCUUGGCAAUGAUUGAAGGAGUCGGUAUUUUAAUGACACGGUUCACUGCCGAACAGUUCAAGCCAAUGAACCCUCAGAUCGAAGAUCCCAGAAACCUCCCUCCGACUGAACCAUCAAAAGCGUCGUCGUCAUCAUCAUCCGGCACCUCAGAAUCAUUAGCACCUGGCAGCCAUCCCUUUGGUUCACCAAGCCUUACGAUGGCUUGA